AUGGGAGAUAUCAUAUGUGGUUUCGGGCACCCGAGCCCUAAAAGAUUGCCAAAACAACAUUGUGAAGAUCGCCAUGUUGGUCUAAUGGCUUCCAUUGUCAAGUUCGUGAAGUGGAAAAGCUUAUGGACAGCCAUUAGAAAGAAGAGGAAGCAGUCGUACGGACAAGAAAAGCAACACCAACCGGUGAAGUAUACCAAUAAGGUUACACUAGCAGAAUGGAUCUUAGCUUCACCAGGCUUCAGCAAUGGUUGCACCAGUGGAAGUGAAUACAGUGGCCUUAACCAGUUUUCCGGUCGGGUUUAUCCAUCAGUGGAAGAAGACUGUGAAUGCUUCACUAUCAAACCGAGGGAGACUUCCCCGGUGGAUAGACCGACGAGGGUUGAUGGAGGAGAGAUGAUGGGUUUUUCGUUGAGCCAAAGCGGAAGUGGGAAGACAAAGAAAAAGGUGAGUUUCAGAUUGCCAGUACUGGCUGAUAUAUUCAUUUUGGAUUCACCAGAAGCACCCUUUGAGAGCUAUUAA